CAUUCACUUUUUCUUGCAAGUAUAUUGCAGAAAAUCUUUAGUUUUUGAGCUGACAAGACGUCUUAUUUUGAUAUUUGCCUGUUAUCUCAGUCCGAGAUCUGCGUUGUUACACGCGAACUUACGAGAAGUCAAAGUACCGGCUGAAGAUGGCAGGGCGAAUUCUAGGUGUUGUAAGACAAGCAGCGAGAGCUCAGUGUAAUUUUAGUGCAUGUGGAAAUGGGUUUAAAAACUACUUUUCGACAACGUCAAGAAUGGAUUAUGGAAAGUACAUGACCUGUUCAGUGAAUGAUGGUAUUGCUGUUGUCAAGUUUGAUGAGAAGGAAAGCAAGGUCAAUGUGCUGAACAGGGGUUCCAUGGCUGAAUUUGAGGAAGUGUUUGCGGAAGUCACAAGAAACCCUGAUGUCAAGGGCAUUGUUCUCAUCUCCGGGAAACCCGGCUGCUUCAUAGCAGGGGCUGACAUCAACAUGAUAUCUGCAUGCAAGUCAGCAUCAGAAGUGCAGGAACUAUCGAGGAAUGGACAAGACCAGUUCAACAGACUUGAGGGCUUGAAGAUACCCGUUGUGGCUGCUAUAAAUGGACAAUGUCUUGGUGGAGGCCUGGAGACUGCCCUGACGUGUCACUACCGUAUUGCUGUCAACAACAAAAAGACGCGGCUGUCAGCACCUGAAGUGAUGUUAGGACUGUUGCCAGGUGCCGGCGGAACACAACGCCUCCUUAAACUGCUUCCAUUCCAAACAGCCAUGCCAAUGAUGUUGACAGGAAAAGCCUAUGAUGCCAAAAAAGCAAAGAAGAUCGGCCUUGUGGACAAAGUUGUUGAACCCAUUGGUAUCGGUCUGAAGUCAGCAGAGGAGAACACAAUGGAUGAACUGGAGCGAGUUGCUGUCCUCACAGCCAAGGGAUUGGCCAACGGAACUAUAAAGAAGCCAGCCAGAGGGAAGAAAGGGAUGAAUAAGUAUGUUGACAUGUUUGCAAGCUCAAGAUUUGGUGACAUUUUCUGGGAGAAGGGAGUUAAAGCCCCUGUCAUUAAGCUUACCAAGGGAAAAUACCCAGCACCCCUCAGAAUUAUUGAGGUAGCCAAGAAAGGAGCCAGGGAAGGAGCUAAGGCCGGCUAUGAGGCAGAGGCCAAGGCGUUUGGUGAUCUGGCUAUGACUACAGAAAGCAAGGCUUUGAUUGGACUGUACCAUGGUCAGACAGCCCUUAAGAAAAACAAGUUUGGAAAACCAGAGAAACCAGUCAAGACCCUUGGUAUGCUCGGAGCAGGUCUGAUGGGGGCGGGGAUAGCCCAGGUGUCCAUUACCAACGGCAUAGAGGUCAUUCUCAAGGACAUCACGGAGAAAGGGCUGGCACGUGGGGAAGAACAAAUCACAGCUAACCUAGACAAAAUGGUGAAACGGAAGAAGCUCACCAGUUUUGAGAAGGACAAAGUGAUGACGCUCCUUGACCCUACAACAUCGUACGAGCAUUUCAACCGGUGUGAUUUGAUUGUGGAGGCAGUAUUUGAAGAUCUAAACAUCAAACACAGGGUCGUAAAGGAGGUCGAACAGAAAAUCCCAGCGCACUGCAUAUUUGCGUCGAACACUUCAGCUCUGCCAAUCACCAACAUUGCCAAAGCCAGCAUCAGGCCAGAUAAAUUUAUUGGAAUGCACUACUUUUCACCUGUGGAGAAGAUGCAGCUGUUAGAAAUUAUCACAACCGAGGAGACCUCACAGGACACUUGUGCUUCCGCUGUCCAGGUGGGUCUGCAGCAGGGUAAGAUUGUGAUCGUUGUGAAAGAUGGGCCAGGAUUCUACACCACCAGAAUUCUGGGACCCACCCUGUCAGAGGCUGUCAGAUGCCUACAGGAAGGCGUGUCCCCCAAGAAACUGGACUCGCUGUCAACAGGUUUCGGGUGGCCAGUGGGCGUGGCAACACUAGCUGAUGAGGUCGGUAUUGAUGUGGCAGCACACGUGGCUGAGGAUCUGGGCAAGGCGUUCGGAGAGAGGUUUUCUGGCGGUAACAUCAAUGUGCUGCAAGAUAUGGUUGCUGCUGGAUAUCUCGGCCACAAGGUGAAUAAGGGUGUGUAUGUGUGGGGAAACAAGAAGGAGAGACCCGAGAACCAGGGGGCCAAGGACAUUCUGGAAAAAUACAAGCUGGAACCUAAACCAGGUAACACGGAUGAAGACAUACAGUACAGAUUGGCUUCCCGAUUCAUCAACGAGGCUGUCAUGUGUCUCCAGGAAGGAAUUCUCCCAAACCCUAUGGAGGGAGACAUGGGUGCCGUGUUUGGUCUGGGAUUCCCACCAUUCCUAGGAGGCCCCUUCCGUUACAUUGACCUACACGGGGCCAGCCAGCUCGUCGACAAGAUGAGGAAGUACGAGGAAUGGUACGGUGUAGCCUUUACGCCUUGUCAGCUGCUGCUUGACCAUGCUAAAGACUCCAGCAAGAAGUUCUAUAAGUGAUUUGUGUUGUUAUAUAUUGAACUCCUUAAGUGUUAGGAAUCUUUUAAGUUUGAUUCAUUGACAUCUGAAAGUAGGAUUUUUGAAUUAUGAUUGUGGGAGAAAUAAUGAUUAAAAAUCAUUAUUGUUAUCAGCAAAGCCUGUUGUUUUAAAGAAGGUCUUUGUAAAAUGUUUAAAUAAAAUAUAUUUAUGUAUACAACACCAAAAACCCUGAGUCGUUUCAUGGUAUAUUUGGCUCUUGUUUUGGGUUAUAAUACAAUUAUUUAAUAGAUAGUGAAAUUUAACGAAAAUAUGGUGGACCAGGGAUUAUAUGAAUGCAUCUGUGAUCAAAUUCUUUUUAUUUAUCCAUUUAUCUUAUAGUGCUACAUUGUAAUUACUGGAUCUAUGACAGUUCUGUUAUCGGAGAUGAUUUGCAACACAUGCAUGUUUAGAUUUGUUAAGGAAGUUUUUGGUGUUUAAAAGUAAUGCAGAUAGAUAUAUUAAUAUAUGUGUUAUGCUACCUUAUUAUGCAAAGAAUAAGUGUGUCAUAUAAACUUGGUGCAUAAUAUACAUCAUUGGGCCGAUUGGUCAGAAAUUUGUUAAAGUUAACAACAAUGUUAAAAUCAUCUUUGUUAAUUUUCAAAUAUUUUGAAUGUAUAUCUGGAGUAUUUCUAACAAGAUUUUGGACAACUGUUUCAGCUGCACUUGUUUUAUUUAAAUAUAUCAGGUUAUCAGUCACUUAUUUCAGGUUUAAAAGUUAACAACGAUGCCAUAAAUCAAGUUGUUAACUUUAACAAAGUUCUGAACAAUCGGCCCAGUGUCUGUACGUCUUAUAGAAGAAUUUUACACUGAGCCCCAAUUUCUCAAAACAUCUUAAUAAAACAGUAAUAUUUAUGUUACAUUCUCAAAUCUCAUGUCUGAUUUAUUACUUUAGCAAUGUGCUUUAACUUGAUUUUACAAUACAAAAUUAUUUUAGUGGGAGUGCUUUAAAUUAAUGUCGUACAAAAAGUUUUUAACUUCUUGAAAAAGGAGAAUAUUUCACAAUUUAUACCAAAAAUAGGGUGCUGAGCUUGAGUGAGAAAUUGAGGGCAAGACCUCAACUGAUGUGUUCUAGUUUCUGUGAUUCAAGUAUAACGUUCUCUUUUGUCUCAUCUAAAACUGUGAGCAUUAUCUAGAGAAUGAUACAUUAUUGUUGCCUCUUUAUUAUAUUACAUUGUAAAUAAAGCAUUUAUUAUCAAGAAUAAAAUGAUUUCUCAAAAGCCUU